AUGACACAGCCAACAACACAAUCAGAGGCAGUGGCCAAGGAAACUACCCCUCAAACAAUGAACCUCACAGACCGCACCGCACGUCGUCAACGUGCCUCCUCUGUCCAAUCCGACUCCGACCCAACCUCAUCCUCCGGCUCAUCGUCUGAAGACAGCGAAAGCGAAAGCGAAGAUGAACAGCACUCAGACCAAGAAAUGAAUGGGACAGGAAAUCCAACUACACAACCAGCAAACGACUCUUUACCUCAUAUUGGCGGACGCCGAAAGCCACAAAUACAUCGCUUCAAUGGUGACUCGGGACUCAUGUCAAGGCUCAAUGCUUUCUUGCCGCAAAUGAAAACCGCCAAUGAAGACUUGCAGCGACAGAUCGAGGCCGGCCAGGCCGAAGAUCUUGUGCUUGAUAAUGCGGAGGGUAAUGGGGAGCGAUACAUUGAAAUGGAUCUCGGUCUUGGAGUUUUGGAAGAGAAGCGUGAUGGUGAUUCGUCCAAUGAGGAGAGUGAGACCGAAGGGGGUAAAGAUGCGGAGGACGAUUCUGAUAUCAUUGGAAAACUUAUGGGCGGAAAGAAGAAUAAGGCGGAAAGUGAUAAGCCAUCUAUCCAAGAGAUGACGGACUAA